GCCAUGCUUUUAUGGAUGCAUAACUACUUUGAAAUUCAGUCUAAGCAAGAGAUUAACACAUCAAUUUAUAUGUUACACUUCUGGCUGAAAUUUCAAAACGACAUUUUCAAGGAGGAUAAGGAGUAAAUUAUAACUAAAUAAAACAGGGAAAAGGAUUAAAUGUUCGCGCGGGAACAGACAGCACCACACAUGUGUCCUGGAAAACAAUAAAACAAUAUGGUAAAUUCGAAGCCUCUUCUAGUCAUGAAGUAAAGUUGCCUUGGAAACAAACUGUUUGCGUGUUCCGUGUUCGUAAGUUCCGGGAAACGAAAAUUUCAUAGGAAAUUGUAGACUAAAAGAAUUUGGCAAAUUUUGACGAAGAACAUGGUCCACAUUCUUCAAGCUUUCCCCUUAUUGUAUCUGAACUUAGGAGGAGAGCUGCUUUACAUUAUAGAACAACGUCUUCAAGCUCAAGAUAUUUCAGCAGAAAAAUCUGUCAAAGUUUUGAACGAUUUACUCUCAAUGAUGUUGGAUCGACAGUACCUCAACGGAAUUUUUCGGUCGGACAGGCUGAAUUCGCCGUCCAUGUUGAAGUCUUUGAUGGAAAAUAUUGUCCAUUCUUCCGUAAUGCGACUCGGACAAGACAGUCUUGACAAACUUUACGAUUUAAUGGCGAUGUCAGUGAAAUUUCAAUUCGUUUCAGCUCCAGAUGCCCAGUCGUUGUUAGCCAUUACAACAAAUCAUGUCGAUAGUUGGAUGCAAUUAACUGAAGAUCCUGAAACCAUGUUGCAGAUACAAUUUUCAAAGGAUUUACUUCUGACGCACUGUGCAAAACUCUCGCCAUGGGCAUGGAUGACCAUACGACAUAGCUUGCUAAAUUACUUGCAACCAUGCAAGACUCGCAUUACCACAUUCCUCGGCAGAGGAUUGCAGAGCCAGGCCGGCUAUUUCCAUUUAGAUAACACGCGUCCUCUUCCAGAAGGCCUCAUUCUACCAGAACUUACAAUGGGAAAUUACAAACCUUACAAUUUUCAAUGCGGGCAAUCCUCUAUAAAUCUGGGAAGCAACAUGUUCAAUGAUCACCAACAACCGCCAAUUUUUCGGACAGGAGGAUUUACGUCACUGCAACGUAUUGUUGCUAAAUCGACUGAAAAUGAUACUCACUUGAAUUUGAAAGAAAUGAAUGUAGGUUCCACAACAGCUGACGAAAAGGUCGAAUCGAUCCAGCUGGAGCUCAAGAAAAUUUCGCCGUCAGAGCACGAUACUAUGAAAGUCUUCGAAGAAACGCUGUUGGAUCUCUUCGAUGAAGCCACUAUGUCAGACAUAAAAUAAAAUUAUCUCAUUCACGCAAUUUUUUUUUCUUUAUAGCAAUACAUUGGUUAUUUGAUUUAUUA